AAUUAUCGGGCCGCAGUUGCUAUCUUACUAUGGCUCAAGACACAGAUGAACCCCCCGGGACUUCGCGAUUAUUUCGCAUAUUUGUGAUAUUCAUGCUUGUCAGCAAGUGCACAGGGCUGCCGGCCAAAGUGACGAAUUUGUCUGUAGUGCGCUAUGAUCGGGAUGGCAUGGCCGAAAUUGAAUUUGAGUUUAUUAGUGAUUUUGAUCUGAAGCUCAAAACCUUGGAAUUCGCUGUCAACCUCAUCAAGUGUACCCCGCCUUUUCUUGCUCAAACUUUUGUCAACAUCUCCGAGUAUACGCAUGAUGUGACGCAUUUGUACGCAGACAUACCAACCUCUAACCUGACGCAAUUAAACCGAACCUUUACUAUCUGCGUCAGAGUAAACUCUAUGGACUGGACACGGGAGGGAAAACUUUAUUUCCCGGCUGAAAACAGUAAUUUUUAUUUCCUGCCUGGGUUCGAUGGUUCAGAUGGAUUCGAAAGUGGUUCAGAUGGGUUCGAAAGGGGUUCAGAUGGUUUCGAUGAAGACAAAAAAGAUGAAGUUAUUACCUCGAGUGAAUCAGAGCUAG